CACAAGUCUUGACUCACGUCACACAAUGCGGAAACCAAAAAGGGAUUACCGUCGUCGGCUGCACAUCCCAGGAGUCCUUGCUCGCGAAAGGUCUCAUGUAAUCCCCUCUGACAGAGAAGAUAAGCUUUGGUUCUCUAAUGAUGAUGAUGAUGACAAUGCCAGCUAUUUAAUCACAUCAGUAGUCCAAUGGAAGCCCCAGUUACAGCCACCCCUCCUGCCAACUCCUCCAAUUCGCCAUCCCCGGCCCCCCUGCGUCCUGCUGUCGCCCCCUCGGUCCAGCUUAGCUUUACCGUCCUCUACACCACUUUGUACGCCGGGCUCUUUGUGGUGGUGUACGUGCAGCUGUGGCUCCUCUACAUCUAUGGACACAAGCGAUGGAGCUACCAGAGCGGCUUCCUGUACCUCUGUCUGCUGUGGGCUGCCCUUCGCACCACCUUGUUCUCUUUUUACUUCCAUGAUGCCCUGCAAGCCAACCACCUCCCCGUUGCAGUGUUCUGGCUCCUCUACUGCUUCCCCGUUUGCCUGCAGUUUUUCACUCUCAGCCUCAUUAACCUGUACUUCACUCAGGUAUUAGUGAAAGUGAGAGAAGUGGACAGAGGGCUGUGGGCAGCAAGGUGUUUGUACGGUGCGCUGAACGCCAUCUUCUUCUGCGUCAACGUGGUGUGCGCUGCACUCGGGGAACGAACCAGCGAUGGCGAGAGGGGAGAGCGCACCUGGAAUCUAGUCCUGGUUCGAGUUGUGGUCAACGACUUGCUCUUUAUCCUGGAAGCAGUGCUGCUGGCCUCCACGCUGUUGCUCCUGACCCGACACUCGCGGUCCGCCAGCAUCCACCUGAUCAGCAGGGGGACCACAGUGUGGCGUACAGCAGCACUGGGAGGAGCAGUGAUCUUCCUGUUUGCCAGCAGAGCCUGCUACAACCUGACCGUCCUGUUUCUGUCCCAGAAGUAUCGGGUGGAGUCCUUUAACUAUGAUUGGUAUAAUGUCUCUGACCAGGCGGACUUGGAGAGUGAACUCGGCGACAGGGACUACCUGGUCUUCGGUGCCAUUCUCUUCAUGUGGGAGCUGCUUCCAACUGGCCUCCUCAUCCUUAUCUUCAGAGUUCGCCGGCCUGCUCAAGAGAACAGCAUCAUGGCUAUAAACAACAGGGUCCUGCCUCGGCCGUACUUCUUUGACGACCCUCAAGGCAGCGAUGAGGACAUACCCGCUCCAUGGGCCAAUGGUUCAAAUUCAAACAUAAGCUGGUACGGAUCAGAGACCGCGCCGCUCCUAUUUGCCAACAAUCCUCCAGACCAGAACCACCAGCACCACACUCUGUAUUCCACUCCUCAAAACUGACCCCCCCCCUCCCCGAGUUCUUGUUUCCUUGAUGACAUUUAUCUCAAAGACAAGCCGCUCUCUCUCCUAGACACACUCACAGCCAGUAGUCCCUCACUGUGUGAGCAAAUUUGCACUGAAAAGUCUCAGGAAAUCAUCACCAAACAGUGAAUAUGCACCUUCUAUUUUUCUAAAGAGACUGUAUUUAAAAAGUUCUUCCUCAUUUAAAGGGAACAAGCUAUGUAGAAACAGACCAAACUGACUUAAACUGGCCAGUACUGCUCUCUCAUGAAGAUCAUACUGAGCUACAGCCACAGGUUGACUUCACACACAUGCCAUUGUUCAAUUUUGGAGAGACCCUUGCCAUUUCCAAAGAAGAGGAUGGCACACACGGCCUCAUUUGCAUUCCUGUCGGUGUGAUGUCGAUGCUAAGUUCAGUGAAGUUAAACAGCGACUUUUUCUUUUUACAGGCUCACAUGUGAUCGUUUGUCUUGUAGACAGACUGUUUCUUUUUGGUGUUUGCAGCUAAGUACUGUUUUAAGACCAGGGAUGUCCUUGGCCUGUACACUGCUGCUGGUAUAGUUUUCUUUCAUCUUUUUUAAAGGCCAGUGUUUGCUCCCAUGUCUGUAAAAAGUUGCAUCGUUUAAAUAUUUCUAAGUUGACUGAAGUCCUUAUUGGAUCUCUAAGUUUAACUUAUUUUAUAACUGUGGGUCUACCUGUAAUUAGAGUUGGAAAUCAAACGCGACUCACCCUUUGCGACUUUUAUGCAAAAAAACCAACUUCCUCAUAGUCUGUCACUCACCUGUGGUUUGGACUUAUCCACGUGACAGGUAUGUACUGUCCAUGCUACAGACCAAUAACAACAUCAGAAUAAACCUGCUGGGCAUGUUGCUGAGCAGAAAAUCUAUGUGGUAGAAAUUCUGUAUCUACAGUGGUGCUGUUAUGCAUUUUAGCCCUGUUACUGUGAAGGGUAUGUGACUCGCUCUUUGAAAUUCAGGACUCCUUUUGUCUUUUAUGUAAUUGUUGACUGAUAAAAAAUAAUAAUCUAAAAAGACUCACUGUGCCACAUGCAUUACUUAGUGCUUCAGUGUAAGGGUCCGCAACUGCUUUGGGGUUUUCAUCACAAAUAUCAAGUGCACUAAGUCUGAAAACAUGACCAACACCUAACUAAAGAUGCAUGUUAAAUAAUUCUUCCAUUAAUUAUCUGGAUGAAUAUUGACCAUGGACUGUAUGAAAAAGAAAACAAAGCUGCAGAUGAGUUUGGAAAGUGGAGUCAGCAUUAAAGUGUUUUAAAACC